CGGCGGCGGCGGAGGCGGUGGCGAUAGUCGGAGGCGCGGCGGUCGCUGCCGCCGGUGCGGGGAGAGCUGCGCGCUGCGCGCCGCGGCCGCGCGAGUGGCGACCGGGGCUGCCCCGUCCCUGCUCGCCGCUCCCUUCAUGAGUCGCAAGUUCGGGCCGGGAGGAGCAGCGGCGGCGGCGGCGGCGGCGGCGGGGCGGCGAAAGCCCAGCAGGGCAGGCAGCACCGACUGAGCAUGGCCGAGCGGCGCGGGCCGGCGGUGAGCGGCGGCGGGGAAGUUGGCGGCGGCCGGUGCCCGCGGCUGCCUCUGCUGCUGGUGUUACUCUGGGCGGCUGUGCUGCCGGCCGGGGGGCAGUCCAACGGCGAGCGGGGCAUCUCCAUCCCGGACCACGGCUACUGCCAGCCCAUCUCCAUCCCGCUCUGCACUGACAUCGCCUACAACCAGACCAUCAUGCCCAACCUGCUGGGCCACACCAACCAGGAGGACGCGGGGCUGGAGGUGCACCAGUUUUACCCGCUGGUGAAGGUGCAGUGCUCGGCCGAGCUCAAGUUCUUCCUCUGCUCCAUGUACGCGCCGGUGUGCACGGUGCUGGAGCAGGCCCUGCCGCCCUGCCGCUCCCUCUGCGAGCGGGCCCGCCAGGGCUGCGAGGCCCUCAUGAACAAGUUCGGCUUCCAGUGGCCCGACACGCUGCGCUGCGAAAAGUUCCCCGUGCACGGGGCCGGCGAGCUGUGCGUGGGGCAGAACGCCUCCGAGCGCGGCACCCCCACGCCCGCCCUGCGCCCCGAGAGCUGGACCAGCAACCCCCACCGCGGGGGCGCCGGCGGCGGCCCCGGGGGCCCGGGGCCCGGCGAGCCCCGUGGGCGCUUCACCUGCCCGCGGGCGCUGAAGGUGCCUUCCUACCUGAACUACCGCUUUCUGGGGGAGAAGGACUGCGGGGCGCCCUGCGAACCCGGCCGCCUCUACGGGCUCAUGUACUUCGGGCCCGAGGAGCUGCGCUUCUCCCGCACUUGGAUCGGCAUCUGGUCGGUGCUCUGCUGUGCCUCCACCCUCUUCACCGUCCUCACCUACCUGGUGGAUAUGAAGCGGUUCAGCUACCCUGAGCGGCCCAUCAUCUUCCUCUCGGGCUGCUACACGGCGGUGGCCGUGGCCUACAUCGCCGGCUUCCUCCUGGAGGAGAGAGUGGUCUGCAACGAGCGCUUUGCCGAGGACGGCUCCCGCACCGUGGCGCAGGGCACGAAGCGGGAGGGUUGCACCAUCCUCUUCAUGAUGCUCUAUUUCUUUGGCAUGGCCAGCUCCAUCUGGUGGGUCAUCCUCUCCCUCACCUGGUUCCUUGCUGCCGGCAUGAAGUGGGGCCACGAGGCCAUUGAGGCCAACUCCCAGUACUUUCACCUGGCUGCUUGGGCCGUGCCGGCCAUCAAGACCAUCACCAUCCUGGCCCUGGGACAAGUGGAUGGGGAUGUUCUCAGCGGUGUCUGCUUUGUGGGCAUCAACAACGUGGAUGCCCUGCGGGGCUUCGUGCUGGCCCCCUUGUUCGUCUACCUGUUCAUCGGCACCUCUUUUCUGCUGGCUGGCUUUGUGUCCCUCUUCCGGAUCCGGACCAUCAUGAAGCACGACGGCACCAAGACAGAAAAGUUGGAGAAGCUCAUGGUGAGGAUAGGCAUCUUCAGCGUCCUCUACACGGUGCCAGCCACCAUCGUCAUUGCCUGCUAUUUUUACGAGCAAGCUUUUAGGGAACAGUGGGAGAGGAGCUGGGUCACACAGAGCUGUAAGAGCUAUGCCAUUCCCUGCCCCAACAACCACAGCAGCCACCACCCGCCUAUGAGCCCUGACUUUACUGUCUUCAUGAUCAAGUAUCUCAUGACCUUAAUUGUGGGCAUCACCUCGGGCUUCUGGAUCUGGUCUGGGAAAACCCUGAACUCCUGGAGGAAGUUUUACACCAGGCUCACCAACAGCAAGCAGGGCGAGACCACUGUCUGAGACCCCUGCCUGCCGGACCAGGGGGAUGUGGGUGGCCAAAGGACCGAGGCUCUGCCUCGGGAAGCAGCUCCUUACCCAGCCUGGGCAAACUUUGGGGACCGCAAGUGUCUUCCGCAGGCGACAGGGAGCGGAGGACGAGCCGGGGGGACUCUGGGGCCCGGGACCGCCCAGCUCUGCCCUCCCCGCGCUGCUCGGGUUGUCUCCUGUAGGAGCUGAACGCAUUGUCAGGUUGGGGGAGAGGGAUGUAAAUAGCCUCUGUAAGAUUUUGUUUUGUAAUGGCUUUGCUUGGAAUUUCGGCUGCAUCAGCAGCAGGGCCCGGAGCGGGGUUGCGGCCGCGGCCGGGGUCGCCUUCUGACCCGGGCUGGCUCCCGAUCCCUACUCCGAGGUGGGGAUGGGCAGGAGCGCCGCUUUCCGCCCUGGCCCCGUGUGGGGGAGGACGGACCCCAUCCCGUCCCCCUACGGGGAGGACGUGGAGCCGCCUGGCCAUGGCGCAGAGACAGCGCUGCACCGGGCCCCGGCCCCGCUGACCCCUCCGGGCCCUUCUCGGGAGAUGCGAACAUCAUCCAGCCCUGCCAGGAGCGCGGCCGGUCUGGGGCGGCUGCGGGGCCCCACACGGCUCGGGAGGAGUUGACCCCGUUCCCUGUAGGAGUUGGGGUUCAGCACCGCCUGCACCUGUAGCACGUCCGAUGGCUCAGGAGGUGGCUGGGGACAGAAAGACACCGAAAUUCCCUCCUGCUCUGGUAUUUUUUAAGCCCACUUUGCAGUCCGGGGGCGCUCCGCGGGUGCUCCCGCCGCCGCCUGCCCCGGUCCCUCCCCGCCUGGCUGCGGCCGGCUGGGGUCAGCAGGAUCAGGAAAUGCGGGCUCGGUGAAAAGAGCUCCGUCGGAAUAAAACGCAGCGUUCAGUUUGAGGCUUUUGUUGAUACACCCUCCCCUCCCCCCCAAUUAUAUUGAUACACCGGCUCUUCAUAUGGGAAACAUUGGAGCCGUUGCCAUUCUUCUGAAUUGUAAUUCAUUGAGAUUUAAUUCGUUACACAUUAUGAGGGUGUGAUGAUUUUUGCCAGUAGUAAAAACGACGGAAGGGAAAGCAGAAAACCAUAAUGUUUAAGCACUCUGGUGAGAUGUGAGACUUGAAAGAAUCUCUGCUUUCUUUUCCCUGUCUUAUUUUCGGUCCAGUAAUAACAUUGCAUACUGCAAGGAUAAGAUACCAUGUGUGCAGUAUAUCUACUACCUUGUAUGCUCCUGGAUGUGUGGGAUUGUGCUUCUAAUACAUAAAAAAAGUUAAAGAUUAAAUUGUAACUUUCGACAGAUGCAUUUGAAUAUGUAGACCUCUGUAUGAAAAACAGCAGAAUGCUUCUCUCCUGAUUGUAUUGUUUUAAACUUUUUUUUAAUAUUACAAAUGCCUGUAUUUAGGUUCAUAAACAUUAUCUAUGGCUACCAUACCCUGAAAUGCAAAAUUAUUUUAAUUUGGUAUGCAUUUAUUUCUGUUCAUUAUCACAAGAUCAUCUAUAUUUAUAGAGGAAUAGAAAUUUAUAUAUAUUAAAUACCAUAUUUUUAAUUUCUCUGAAAUAAAUUGAGGUUUUGUACAAAACUGUCUUGUCCCUUUAUGUAUUCUUCUGAUGAACUUAAAUACUCUCUGAAAGCAGUGUAUAUGCUACAAGAUGUGUGGGAUUCCUUUUUUCUUAGGUUGAGUUCACAGUAACAAGCUGGAAUUCAGUGUAGGAAUUCAUUGUGCAUUUUGUUUUUUUAUUUCUGGGCCAGUCUAGAUUAAUCCUUCAAAAGAAGUAAUGUAAACUGUUCAAAAUCUCUGACAGGUUAUGGUCGGUGGUGUGAAAUCUAAGAAGAGAUCUGCUAUAUGGCAGGAGAAGAAAGAAGCUCACCAGUUCUUUUUUUUUUUUGGUGUUUUUAUUUUGGUUGUAGAAAAGGGUUCUCUCAACUUAGCCUUUCUUCUCCCUUUCGUACUAAAAUACAAAAAAAAAGAUAUUUUCUUAUAAUGAUAUUCUGCUUAAAAUGACACUCGGACUAUGUUGCAAUAUUGUCAGAACAUUUUAAUGAGUAAAAUAGUUUUGUUCUGUUGAA